AUGUUUCAUUUGAGAAGUAAAAAACAUCGGAAUAAAGUUAUUAGUUAUCAUAAAGAUGAGGAAAAAGUGGCUGUCGAGACCCAGCAACUUGCCGAAAGCGUUGAAUAUGCAUCAGCAUUUGCUAUUCGAAGAUCGACUGUGGAUUCCAAUACAUCACGCGAUCAUUCGGAUAAGGUUGGAUUGUACUCCAAGUAUUCGGUUAGAGCACGCCAUGACGAUAGUAAAUUAGUAAAUCAGGCAGAAAAUAGAAAAUCAUUGGACGUUUCUGACAAGAAUAAAAUUCGACGUGAUAAAGUAUUACAAGCAGUACAUAAUCGAAGGAGUUUAAUAUCCGAUUCCUUAAUUGUAAGCUCGGCUAACCAAUUACUAUCGAAAAAGAUCCCUAAAGAAAAGUCUCAUUCAGCGCAUACAAGUCCUACGUUACGCCACAAAUUAUACAGCAAAUUAGAUGUAGAACCUAACGGCAAAGUAAAGAAACAACAAGUCGAUGAGGAACAUUAUUAUUGUGUACCUAGCGAUAUUAGAAGUAAUAAACCGGUAGAAAACAAUUUAAGAGAUCGAGCUCAAGCUGAUACUACAACUGACGAUUAUCAAGUACCUCGUCAAGCAAUUAUUCAACCUGUUGAUGAUAUAAUGAGGUCCAGUGGUAGUUUCGGAGAUGCAAACGCAUUUAUUCGAAAUAAUGGUUCCCAUGAUACCAAUACUACUGAUGCCAAAAUCAGAAAUGGCAGUCGUAGACAUAAAUCUCACAAAUUUGAAAGUGCAGAAGAUUUAGCUUUACUUCCAAAUAAGAAAGGCUCUCCAUUGAGUUAUACACAUAAGAAACUUACUAAAGCUCUUUCAGCUAAACUGCUUCUUGAUGAUGACGCCGUUAAGGUGCCAACACAUUAUCCCAAAUUGAAAUCACGACCGUCGAUUCGUAAAAUACUUCUUCAUGGUGUAUCUGGUCGUUCGGUGACAAAUUCAAGUAGCAGCAGUCCUAUACUAACUUCAAAAAAGCAACACUCAAAAGAAGAUGAUGUUGCUAACACUCCACCACCGUUAGAUCCAAAUAUUAAAAAUAUGGGAAAUGAUAAGACCAAUAAAAACACUGAGGAUUCAGUUGCUGCGACCUCAAUAAGCUCUAUUGAGGAUACUAGACAUCAUAUCUUACAAAAUCUUUUAGAAACAGAAAUAAAUUACGUAGCAGCUCUCCGGACAUUGAAGCAGGAUUAUUAUAAUACUCUUAAGGAUCCUAGCAAUAACAUCGUCAUUAAUAAGAACUUAAUCAAUGCCAUAUUCUAUCAAGUACCGGAAAUUUUGUUGUGUCAUGAUUUUUUCCUCGAUCAGUUGGCUCGUCGAAUAGAAACUAGCGACAAUAAAAGGAGGAUAGGAGAUUUAUUCCUUCAAAGUUUUACCAAGGUUAUCCUGGUUAACGCCUACAGUAACUUUAUUAUAAAUUUUUCAAGAGCUAGAAAAGCAUUAACAGUUGCCUAUUCAUCAAAUGAAGGAUUCCAAAAGUUCUUAGAAGUAUGUGCUAAAGAACAUAAAGAAAAAUUAACGUUACAAGAUCUUAUGAUUAUGCCCGUUCAGAGAAUCCCGCGAUAUGUUUUGGUGCUUAAGGAAUUGUUAAAGUAUACGCCUCUAUCACAUCACGAUUACGAUAGUUUAAAGGUUGCAUUAAGAGAGUUGCGAAAGCUUGCUGAUUCUAUGAAUGAAGUUAAAGUAGAAAGGGAAAGGCAUAAAAAGGAAGAAGAGAAAAUUCGUGAUAUUGAAAUCCUUAUCGAUGGUUUUCCACAUCUUGCAUCACCAGGAAGACACUUUAUAAGACGCGAUAACGUAUCUGAAUUGGGCAAAGGUAUAGUUAGGAAGGAUAGGAGUUUAAUUCUCUUUUCCGAUCUGUUGGUAUGUGUUGUUAAGCGGAGAGCUGGCACAUUUAAAAGAAUGAGUUCCGGUGAGACAUUUAAGUAUAGGCUGCAAUGGAUGGCGCCUUUGCGAGAUAUAAGCAUUUGUCAAGCGCCAUCAACUGCAACAGUAGGGCAAAAUUCUCGUAUAUUGACUGAUAAGAGCGCAAUAAAAGAAAUUGAACAUGAUUUACAUAUUAUGCGGCAAAUUACUACACUCUCUGAGUCUCUUAACUGCAACCAUAAGGAACUGCAGCAUUGCUCACAAAAGCUAACGGAAGAUUUAGCGCAAAAAUUGCAACAAGCUGCAAAUCUGCUGGAAAAGCAUCAAUUGGCGGAGCAAAAACAAAACACUUCCGGUCUACUAUUUACACUGGUAGAAUUAUCUAUCAAUUUUCGGGAUGGUAGUGAAGCAACUUUUUCGUUCUCUUUUGAAUCUCCUGAAGCCAAAUCAUCAUGGAAAUAUGAUUUUGCGGAUCUUUUAAAGCGUCUAGGAAUGAGUUUUGCUGAUGUUUUAGAGAGCAUAGAUGACGAUGAGGAAAGAAAAGCACUGCCUAAGUUGGACCGUACUUGGGAAUUUCCAAAUACUGAUGUUAAUGAACAAGAAAAUUUAAAGGUAAUUCGUUGGGCCAAUUCAAUGAUUUAUAAUAUUACUGGAUCAAGUAUACAGGAUUUACACAAGAAUAGCGCUGUAUGGAUGGCACUUGGCAAUUCCAAUAGGACUGAAAUUCAUUGUCUCUCUAUAAAAUCUGAUCAGAUUAUAUGCAAUAAGGUGAUUGACAUGAAGGAAAGUGUAACUUCGUUAGCCUGUGCACCUUUCAAUUUAAAUUUUAGAUCGAACAUACAUAUGACAGAGGAUAGCAAUGAUCAGUUCACAAAUGAUAUUGUAAAGAUAGCAAAUUUAAAUCAUGCGAAAAGUGUUAAAGAGCUCCAAGUCGAUUCCAUAAGUAAUCGUACUGAAACCAUUGAGACAUCUAUAACUGACGAUAACAACUCGUUAUCAUCACUCAAUGAGCCUCAUAUCACUGUACAAGCUGACAAAAUUAUUGUCAGUACCAUUGAAGCCGAUUGUAAGCCUAGCAAUAACUUCAUGGAAAUAACAUAUUCAAAUGAUGAUAACGCGAUGAAAGAUGACUUGGAAAGAAAUACAUCCUCAGAGUUGAAUUCAUCGACAGACGAGACACCAAAUGCAGUUAAUGCUAUUGAAGAAGAUAAUGCGAAAUCUACGACACAUAAUCAAGUUAAUGCGCCAGAUUCAUUUGGUAAUGAAUCCUUAAAAUUAAGCCAAUUGAGUAAAUACUACACAGAUCGUGAACCUGCAUCACCCCAAUUGAAUACCGAUAGAGAGUCAUACUAUGGUUCAUUGGAUGAUACUACAAAAGAAUUAUUCGUCUGGUUGGAUGAUAUGGAAGGAAGAAAUACGUUAUGGAUAGCUUUAAACAAUGGGAGUAUUCGCAUUUUAAGUUGCCAUUUAAAGGAUCAAAAGAAAGAAGUGAUAUUUCAGCACGAUGCACCGAUAACUGCUAUCCUAUAUACCAAGAAUAGAGUAUUUUUGUCAUUAACAAGUGGCAACCUUCUUGUAUAUAAUCUUGGAUCUGGGAAUAAUGAUAAUCACGACGCUGUUAAAAUACAUUUAUUUGAGACUCCAAUUACGUAUAUGAUCGACGCCCUAGAUACUAUCUGGUGCAGCUGCGAAAAUAAUAUAAAAGUCAUCAACAUUGAAACACUAUCUAUAGAGGCAAGUAUUAUCAUCAAUGUUAAGAAAGAUAGUAAAAUUGAUAAAAUGAUAUACUACAAGACCGGUGUUUGGGUCUCUUUUUCGCGCAAUUCCAUUCUUCGAUUAUUUCAUGCAAUUAGUUACGAGCGUUUACUAGUUAUCGAUACAGCUCCAGAUGUAUUAUCAGGUAUCGAUAGCGACGGCAUGCAAAGUCUCUACGAUAUGGGAAAUGAUAUUCAAGUAACUUCGCUUUUAGUCUACAAUGAUUUAUUAUGGAUUGGUACUAAUAUGGGAGCUAUACUGAAUUUACCUUUACCUAAUAUUACGAUCUCUACGUCUUGUUUGGAACAAUGUCCUCCCAUAACGUUGCUCAGUUGCGGUCAUUAUGGUUCCGUCGAUAUGCUUAGUGUUAUUAUUACCACAUCAGCAUAUGAUAGUGAUACAUCUGACGCAGGGUCAGGUUGCCGUUUCGACUCUCCAACGCUGUCAAGAUGUAGUAGUCAUGGCAAAGAUGAUAGUGCGUCUUAUGCUGAAGGAGUUGCCAGUGUGUUUAUUGUGAGUUGUGGUCAUGGCUGCCGAACUUUUAAGAAUAGUUCCAAGCAGCAAUUGGAUGAUGAAAAAUUACCUAAAAAUAGCAAAGGAUUGUCAGUAUUGUUUUGGAGAGUAUCGGAAUUUAAUGUUUAA